CGUCCCCGCACAUGCAGCCCUCCAAGCCGGUCAGCAUCACCUCCAACCGGCCGGUCCACAUGAACCUGUACGCGACCUGGGAGGUGGACCGCUCCUCGCCCAGCUGUGUGCCGAGGCUGUUCAACCUGACUCUGAAGAAGCUGAUCAUGCUGAAGGAGCUGGAUAAAGACCUCACCUCCGUGGUCAUCGCCGUCAAACUACAGGGCUCCAAGAGGAUCCUGCGCUCCAACGAGAUCCUGCUGUCCUCGGCGGGGCUGACGGAGACCGACCUGCAGCUCACCUUCUCCCUGCAGUACCCGCACUUCCUGAAGAGGGACGCCAACAAACUUCAGAUCAUGCUGCAGCGACGGAAGCGGUACAAGAACCGGACCAUCCUGGGCUACAAGACCUUGGCCCUGGGCCUCAUCAACAUGGCCGAGGUCAUGCAGCACCCCAGUGAGGGGGCCCAGGUCCUGGGGCUCCACAGCCAGCUGAAGGACGCCUCGGUGCCCGUCGCCGAGAUCAGAGUCUACUCCCUGUCCAGCCAGCCCAUCGACCACGAGGGACCCAAAGCAAAGAUGUCCGAUCGCUCUCCGGACAUCGACAACUACUCCGAAGAGGAGGAAGAGAGCUACUCGUCAGAACAGGAAGGCAGCGACGACCCCAUUCAUGGACAGUAUCUAUUCGACGAAGAAGAUGAGGUGAGGAAGAAGAAACCCAGGCGCAAGCUCCCUUCAAACGCCGCCAUCACCAGACAACCCAACAUCAAGCAGAAGUUUGUGGCCUUGCUGAAGAGGUUUAAAGUCACCGAUGAGGUUGGUUUUGGCCUGGAGCACGUGUCCAGGGAGCAGAUCCAGGAGGUGGAGGAGGACCUGGACGAGCUCUACGACAGUCUGGAGAUGUACAACCCCAGCGACAGCGGGCCGGAGAUGGAGGAGACCGACAGCAUCCUCAGCACGCCCAAACCUAAGCUCAGGCCGUUCUUUGAAGGAAUGUCUCAGUCCAGCUCCCAGACGGAGAUCGGCAGCCUGAACAGCAAAGGCAGCCUGGGUCGAGACACUUUCAGCCCGGGAGAGCAGCCUCCUAUAGAGAAGAUGAAACUCUCUCGCAGCCGCAACCUGGAUGAGGCCCUGUCUGAGACCGACACACUGGAGCUUACAGAUCAGGAGCUGUUCGCUGAGGUGGGCCCCUGCAUCACGGUGUCAGUGGCAGAGAAACCCCGUACACCCAUGAAGAGCAGCAAAAGUGAAAACCAGGCCAUGCCAUCGCCGAGGUUGGACGGAGGCCACACGCCCAGACAGAAGCGCAUCAGCACUCCCAUGAAGGAGAGACAGCUGUCCAAACCUCUGAGUGAACGGACCAACAGCUCCGACUCUGAGAGAUCCCCGGAGCUGGGACACAGCACGCCGCUCCUGAGGAAGGUCGUGUACGACCAGCUGAACCAGAUUUUGUUGUCGGACUCCGCGCUGCCAGAGAGCCUGAUCUUGGUCAACGUCAGCGACUGGCAGGGGCAGUACGUCGCAGAGCAGCUCCAGGUUCAGAGACACCCGGUGGUCUGCACGUGUUCGUCGGCCGAAAUCCAGGCGGUGCUAUCAGCUGUGCUCACUCGCAUCCAGAAGUUCUGUAACUGUAACUCGUCCAUGCCCAGAGCGGUGAAGGUGGCGGCGGUGGGCAGCCAGAGUUACCUCGGAGCCAUCCUGCAGUUCUUUGUCACUCAGCUCGCCAACAAAACGUCCGACUGGCUCAACCACAUGCGCUUCCUGGUCGUGCCUCUGGGCUCUCAUCCGGUUGCCAAGCACCUCGGCGCCAUCGACAACCGCUACAGCUCCUCCUUCCUGGACGGGGCGUGGAGAGACGUGUUCAGCCGCUCCGAGCCGCCGCAGACAGAUCAGUUGGAUGUCGCGGCAAGAAUCUCCCAGUACAUCAGCGGAGCGACGGUCACACACCAGCUGCCCAUCGCUGAGGCCAUGCUCACCUGCAAACACAGGACGCGGGAUGAAGACUCCUACCAGAAGUUCAUUCCUUUUAUAGGGGUGGUGAAGGUCGGUCUUAUCGAGUCAGCUUCUUCUCCAACAGGAGACACAGAAGAAGGCGUGGCCGUGAGCCUGGCUGUCCCCUCCACGUCUCCCCCCUCCCACGGCUCCCCCACAGGGAUGAUUAAAGAGGCAGCCACGCCUCCCUCCUCCCCCUCCAUGGGCAGCGUCCUGACAGUACAAGGGAGUCCCAGUAUGUCUCACGGCGUGGACGCCAUCGGCCUGCAGGUCGACUACUGGCUGGCCUCUCUGGCCGAGAAGCGGCGGGAGGGCGAGCGGCGCGACACGGGCUGCAAGAACACGCUGAAGAGCGCCUUCCGCUCGCUGCAGGUCAGCAGGCUACCAGGAGGGGGCAGCAACGAUUCACAGGCCCAGGUCAGCACCAUGGCCAUGACCGUGGUCACCAAGGAGAAGAACAAGAAAGUUCCCACCAUCUUCCUGGGAAAGAAGCCAAAGGAGAAGGAUGUGGACACCAAGAGCCAGGUCAUUGAAGGCAUCAGCCGACUCAUCUGCUCCGCCAAGCAGCAACAGACCAUCCUGAAAGUGUCCAUAGACGGCGUGGAGUGGAACGAGGUGAAGUUCUUCCAGCUGGCCGCCCAGUGGCCCACUCACGUCAAAUACCUACCUGUCGGACUCUUCGGCUACAGCAAGCCGCCCUCCUAGGGGCGAGCGCCAGCCGACUCCUGUGACCCCGACUUGACCUUCGACUCUCCUCGAUCCCGUUAAAACCUUCGCAGAAAGACCCCGCCCCCAUAACACCUACAGAUCUGACAGACGACGUGGAGUGGCCGGACUUUAUUCUUUCUUUAGUUCCGUUAAGGCUACAGUCGUCUAGUUUCUCUUUGGAGAAGAAGAAGAAGAAGAGGAGGAGGAGGAGGAGGGUGGUGUUGGGGUGCGGCGUUGUUACAAGUCACUUUAAUGCCCCUUUUAGUGUGUGUUUAUGUGUGUGGCGAGUGUGCAUGCACACGU